GGUAAAUAGGCUGUCGGGACAAACUCUUUUUUUCCACUUGCCUUUCUUCUUCACUUUUAAUCAUGACAAACCAAGCGCUCGAAAGACCCAACACAAGGGUACUGGAGCUUUGGAAAAUCAAUGGUAAUUAGGCACUCUCUAUAAUCACUUGGUGUUUUCUUGAAUGUUACUCAUUUUGCUGGUUUUAUUUCCCUUGUAGAUCUCCUUGGAAGCGGAAUCAUUUGUCUGGAUGCUCCUUAUCAACGUGAAGUGGUGUGGACCCAACCGAAAAUGUGCGCUUUGAUUGAUUCGGUGAUGAACAACUAUUAUAUACCACCUGUUGUUCUUGCUGUACGAAAGGCUGCGGAUGGAAAAGUUCUGCGUGUUUGUAUCGAUGGAAAGCAACGUCUUACUUCGAUCUCACGAUUCAUGAACAAUGAAAUCCCAUACUCGGAUCUCAGUGGCGGAACCGCAGUGGACAGGUACUAUUGCAACAACACUGCAGAGGAUGAUGGCCGGGAGUAUUUGGAUGACGAAACUCGCGAUCAAUUUGAUCAUACCCAGCUUGUGUGUGUUGAAUAUACCAACUUGGACACGGAUUCCGAGAUUGAAAUCUUCUCACGUGUGCAACUCGGUGUCCCGCUCACUUCCGCCGAAAAGCUCAAGGCCAACAUCACACCCGUCGCAAAAUACUGUACUGCCGUCUACGAGCAAUACCGCUCCGAUUUAUCAGUGCUGUUCGCCGAUGUUCGAUCAUACAUCUUUCAACACAUUGCAUUUCUGGUGCUCAUGAUCCACAACCCGAAUCCCGCAGUUUAUGCAGCCUCGAGGCUCAAGCUUGUAGCUUUCUUGGGCGACAGCGAAGUUGUACUAAGUCAGGACAUGAAGCGGAGUGUAACCCAUGCGUUGAACACAAUCGUUGCACUAGCCAAGGAACCUUCGACGAUGAUUUUUACACACGUCAACGGCAGGAAAAAAGUCUUUAGACCAAUGGAGUUCCUAAUGUUUGGUCUCUACGUGUCACGAUGCCGUCGUCGUCGCCAGCUCAAAGAAUACGAAAGCGAUCUGGCGCAGUUGCGCUUUUACCUCGAUCAGCGUGCGCCGAGUGGUGUUCGUUUUGGGAAAUCGUGCUACAAUGUGGGAAUGGAGUGGAUCGAGGAACAGAUGGAUUUGACGGGACAGGCGCCAGCGCUGAUUCGAUACCCUGGAGCAGCGUCGCCUUCGACAGAUGAUACGGACGAAGUGCCUGACGAAGAUGAAAAUGCGAUUGAGGAUGUGUUUGCUUUCUACAAGACCAAACGUACUAGGUCGGAUGAUGAUUGCAUGGAAGCAUCUCAACGAGCGCGUUCUCGAUCGCGUCCUGUUGCCCGUCGAGGUGGUAGAUCACCACACUUCCGUCAUUAAUCAUCAUAUAUCCCCCGAUUUUCCUUAUCCCCCCCUCUCCCUUUCUCUUCAUCCGUGUCUCCUUACCAUUAAAAACCAUGAACAAACAAAAAAAAAUUGCCAAAAUACCUUUCAUCUGCAUCUCUGUACAUAUCUUUCUCGCUCUCACAUACGCACGCACUCACUCACUCACUCACUCGUUCGCUCGCUCUUCCUCCCUCUCUGUAUCUUCUGCGCUCACUGUAAAAUGAUAAGUAGCAAUAACAACUCGUUCUAACCCUUAUAUCACUGCAUACAUGUACUUCAUGCUUGAACCAGAAAGAAUCCCAUCUCCGGUAAUAUAGGACAAAUAAAUUCGCAUACAUAUAAACCG